AUGUCGUCAAUCACGCCAUACAAGAUCAAUGUACCCGAGGAAAAGAUUCAGCGCCUGAAACAACAGAUCGCCCUUGCCGACUUCCCAGAUGAACUCCCCGACGUCGAACCUUGGAGCAGGGGUACACCACUGGCUGAUCUCAAGCGGCUUGCUGCGUAUUGGCAAGAUGGCUUUGACUGGCGCAAGCAGGAAGCAAAAUUGAACCAACUUCCUCAGUUCAUGACUCAGAUCGAUGUGGACGGCUUUGGCACCUACGACAUCCACUUUGUGCACCAGCAAAGUCCAGUCAAGAAUGCCAUCCCACUGUUGUUCUGUCAUGGAUGGCCUGGAAGUUUUGCGGAGGUCACUAAGAUCCUCCCCAUGCUGCUCAACGGAGGGAGUGAAGCGCCUUCCUUUCACGUUGUGGCUCCCAGUAUGGUCGACUACGGCUUCUCCUCGGGGGCGAAGAAGGCGAAUUUUCAAUUCGAGCAGCAUGCCGAGGUGGCGCAUAAACUGAUGACAAAGUUGGGCUACUCGGAAUAUGUUGCUCAAGGAGGGGAUUUGGGCUACUUUGUGGUCCGCUUUCUGGCCAUGAUGUACCCAGGGUCAUGCAAGGCCCAGCACAUCAACAUGUGUCAUCCGCCCGAGAUCAGCGCGACUUCGCAUCCUGCUCUCUGGGCUCAAUUCCAGGCGACUCCCUUGACCGAGUACGAGAAGGCUGGGAUCGCUCGGUCGCGCUGGUUUCGCGAGGAAGGGUUUGGCUACAAUCUUCUCCACAGCACCCGGCCCCAGACCGCUGGGUACGCCAUCACCGCGAACCCCGUGUCUCUUCUAGCCUGGAUCUACGAAAAACUCCACGACUGGACCGAUGGCUACCCUUGGACCGACGACGAAGCCCUCACGUGGAUCAGCAUCUACUACUUCUCCACGGCGGGGCCUGCGGCGUCGCAACGCAUCUAUUACGAAAAAACUCACCGUACGCCGAGGAAAGGGUUCCCUCUGAAAGAGGCCUAUCUCGAAGUCCAGCGUUAUGUCGAUGUACCUCUUGGUUACUCGCGGUUUCCCAAGGAGAUUGUUCUGUUGCCUAAUAUAUGGACGAAGGCUAUGGGGCCGAUAGUGUUCCUCAAGGAACAUGAAAAGGGUGGCCACUUUGCUGCUUGGGAGCUGCCAGAGGUUUUGGUUCAGGACUUGCGGACCAUGUUUGGCAGGUCUAGUGCGACUUACGGGGUGGUGCCAGGAAAAUCAGGCUAUGACCAGUAG